AUGGAAGAUUUCCUUCCACGUGAAUAUCUUUUCACCCCUCCUGUCCAUUCGUCUCCCGAUUCGAUGGACCUUUCCAUGCCAGAUAUUUCCAUGCUACCACGCCCCAAGAAAACCCGCCGAGGGAAAUAUGACCCAGAGCGUGACUAUUCUGCUGAAUUACGAAGACGAUUUCAUGAAAACCCUAGUGGGAAGCGCACAUCACGAGCUUGUGAUAGAUGCAAGUGUCGAAAGCUUCCCUGCGACGGGAACCCAGAAAGCUGCAACAACUGCGUUCGACAGGGCACAGCGUGCAAUAUGACCGAUACGAGCACCGGUCAAACCCAUCCUCGAAACAUCAUCAGACAACUAAAUCGGGAUAUCGGAAAGCUCCAGCGUCAGUUGCGAGAGAAAGAUCAACAGAUCCAUGUCCUGAAUGAACAGAUCCGGAAUUUGUUGCCUUAUCAUCAGUCCCCGGGAGCACAACUUGGAACCCCGUGCGAGUACCAACCUUCUCAAGACCGUGGUAUUAUGCGUUCGGAUCAAGGAAUCACUCCACAGCAACUUGAACGUCAAACCCCAUACAUGUCCGGACAAGAUCUGGUAUAG